AUGAAGAGUUGAUAGGAUAAGAUUGCAUCAAUUGUAGAACAGGAAUGCAAUUGGGGUUGAGACAUUACAGAAGAGAUGAGAGAGACAAGUAGGGGGAGAGGGAGAGAGAGAGAGAGAGAGAGAGAGAGAGAGGGACUGUGGGUCUUUGGAUUCCCUGCUGGAGUUUGGCAUCAUAAUUAAUAUACCACUUCAAAAAUCUGUUUCUGUACUAUGUUUCUCUCUCUCUCUCUCUCUCUCUCUCUCUCUCAAUAAGCAAACUUCACUAUUACUAUGCUCCGAGUUUUUUACUCAUCAAACACUACCGGACAAUGAAAUGUUUGUAAUUUGUAUAACAGUAAUAAGAGGCCCAUUUCUUCAGUUUGGCCCUUCCUCAUUUCCUUCUUAUCUUUUUCAGUUAGUACAAACCGUCUCCAUCUCUCUCUCUUUAUUACGUCUAUCCGCCCCUAAAUCGCCGGCGCUUUUCCGUCAGAACUAACAUUUCUUCAGGUCAGGUCUCACCUCCGCGUCUAUCGCCAACUUCAGUCUCUUCUGAUCAUCACCUCACACUUAGCUAAACAUACACUCAUCUGUAAUGACAGACAAAGAUAAGUACUGCCGCUUUUAUUUUCUUGGGAUCAAAUCAAAGCGAGAGUCUUUUGCGUCAUAAAAGCUGUGCUCCACAAUGAUGCUAGUUCUAAACUAGAGUUGUUUGGCUUGUGGGUUGCUCUUGUUUGGGCCCAUGGAUGUGUCGGCGUGCUUUUCUUGGAUUUCUGAGCUUGUAGGGAAGCUGAUUGAGAGGUGAUUUUUUCAGUUUCGUUCUUGGGUCUGAUUGUUUGGAAACGAUUCAAUUCUUUGUUUCUUUCAAUUUCUCUUUGUGGGUAUAUCAAUCAAACUUCCUGAAAUGGAGACUAAGUUUGGUGGAAAGUUGCACCAUUUCUAUGGUCCAGUGGUGUCGGAUUUGAAGGACGUGGGUAAGAAGAGUAUGGAAUGGGAUUUGAAUGACUGGAGAUGGGAUGGUGAUUUGUUUAUGGCCGCUCCGCUAAAUACCGUGACAUCAGAUUGUAGGAGUAGGCAGCUCUUUCCCGUUGGAUCAAAUAUUUCGGUGAACGAGGGAGCUUCCCUAAAUACGGUGCCAUCGGAUUGUAGGAGUAGACAGCUCUUUCAAGUUGGAUCAAAUAUUCGGGUGAACAGUGGAGCUUCCAAUUGCUCCCUAUUGUGGUCAGAGGAAGUGAUGGGAAGCGAGAAGGAGAAGAGGGAUUUGGAGAAACGGAGGAGGGUUUUCGAGGUUGAGAAUGAACAGGUCAACGAAGAGGCUGGAUCACUUAAUCUGAAGCUAGGUGGACAAGUUUAUCCUAUCGUUGAAGGAGAGCUCGAUGAAUUGGAAGGGAAGAGUGGGAAGAAGACCAAAGUAACCGGUGCACCAUCUAGUCACGCAGUUUGUCAGGUAGAGGAAUGCAAAGCGGAUUUGACUAAUGCAAAAGAUUACCACCGACGACAUAAAGUGUGCGCCAUGCAUGCUAAGGCUACCAGAGCUUUAGUGGGAAACAUUAUGCAGAGGUUUUGUCAGCAGUGCAGCAGGUUUCAUGGUCUUCAAGAGUUUGAUGAAGGGAAGCGAAGCUGUCGCAGGCGUCUGGCAGGACACAAUAAGCGGCGGAGGAAAACACAUCCUGAUAAUUUAGUUAAUGCAGCCACCCAGAGUGACGAGCAGGGUAGUAAUUACUUACUGAUCAGUCUGUUAAGGAUACUCUCCAACAUACACUCCAAUAACUCCGAUCAAACCAAGGAUCAGGAUCUACUAUCUCAUCUUUUAAGAAACCUUGCACCCACUGGCUUAACUAAUGAGGGAAACCCUGCUAGACCAUUACCUGUAUCUGAGGACUUGCAGAAUGUGGAGACAUCUUUGGCAACUGCUGUAGAGGACCUUAUUACACCUGCUGAGCCAGGUGUGACCAUACCUACAACUGAUUUGACACAAAAGAGGAUGCUAACAGAUAAGGCUCUAGGCAAAGUUACAUACAGUGAACCAACUUCACAAUAUGCUAUACAGUUUCCAGCAAAUGCAAGUGACUCAAUGAAAGAAAACACUUCGGAUACCACAAUAGGGAGGAACAAACUGAAUAACUUUGACUUAAAUUAUGUAUAUGAUGGUUCUCAAGACUGCAUGGACAAUCUGCCGGAUGCUUGUGCCUCAGAAUAUCUUGGCAACAUGUCUCCUGCUGGUCCAUUAUGGUUAUACAAAGAUUCUCAACAGUCUAGCCCACCUCAUAAUAGUGGGAAUUCAGGAUCCACAUCAAGCCACUCACCUUCUACAUCUAGCGGAGAGGCACAGAGUCGCACAGAUCGGAUCGUCUUUAAGCUUUUCGGGAAAGAUCCAAAUGAUUUCCCUCUUGUCCUGCGAAAACAGAUUCUUGAUUGGCUAUCCAACAGUCCUACUGACAUGGAAAGCUACAUCCGACCUGGUUGCAUUAUUCUGACAAUAUACUUACGUAUGGAUAAAUCCAGUUGGGACAAGCUUCACUGUGAUCUGACUUCCAGUUUGAGGAGGCUUGUCAAUUCAUCUAGUGAUUCCUUUUGGAGAACAGGAUGGAUAUAUACUCGAGUACAGCAUCGUGUCACAUUUGUGUGUAAUGGCGAGGUUGUUCUAGACACACCCUUACCCAUGAAAAACCACCACAGUUGCAGAAUAUCAAGUAUCAAGCCAAUUGCUGUUACUGUGUCAGAAGGUGUUCAGUUUGUAGUCAAAGGGUUCAAUUUGUCUUGUUCUACUUCAAGGUUACUAUGCACAAUGGAAGGGAAGUAUCUAGUUCAGGAAAAUUGUGCUGAUAUGACAGGAUUGGCAGAUUCAUUUAUCAAACAUGAUGAGAUUCAGUCGCUUAGCUUCUCUUGUGUUAUACCAAAUAUUGUUGGAAGGGGAUUUAUCGAGGUUGAAGACCAUGGCCUCAGAAGCAGCUUUUUUCCAUUCAUUGUUGCAGAGGAGGAUGUGUGCUCUGAAAUUUGUACUCUAGAAAGCAUACUUGAGGAUGCUGACGAAGAUAUUAAUAAACUAGAAGUUAGGAAUCAAGCUUUGGACUUUAUACAUGAAAUGGGUUGGCUUCUCCAUAGAAGUCGCUUGAAGUUUAGGUUAGGUGAUAGCAGUGGCGAUGUGGAUUUAUUCCCUUUCAAACGCUUCAGGUGGCUUAUUGAGUUUGCUGUUGAUCGGGACUGGUGUGCGGUAGUCAAAAAGCUUAUAAGUAUUCUGUUUGAUGGAACUGUGGAUCUGGGACAAGAGAAUUGCAAUUUGGUAGCACUGCUGGAUAUUGGACUUCUUCACCGAGCUGUCCGGAGAAAUUGUAGGUCCAUGGUGGAAUUUCUGUUAAACUGCAAUCCAGGUGUAAAUUUGGAGAAAACAAGAUCCAGACAGAAGCAACCUGAUGGGGGACAGUAUUUGUUCAGGCCUGAUUCUGUGGGACCUGGUGGGUUGACUCCUCUACAUGUAGCAGCCAGUCUAGAUAGCCGUGAGAAUGUAUUGGAUGCAUUAACUGAAGAUCCGGGAUCGGUGGGAAUAAAAGCAUGGAAGAGUAAACGAGACAGUAGUGGGUUAACAGCACAUGAUCAUGCAUGCAUGCGUGGUAACUACUCGUAUGUCCUUCUAGUUGAGAAGAAACUGAACAAGAAAUCAAGAAAUGGGCAUGUUCUUAUUGACAUUCCUGGUAGAGUAAUAGAUAGUAGCAAAUUAGGAAGGACAAGUAAAUUUGUGGGGUUGGAAAGUGAGAAGAGGGGAGGAGAGUGCAGGCAGUGCGACCAGAAAUUGGGUUAUGGAAGGAGGUGGAGAUCAUCAGUGAGAAUAUACAGACCCACGAUGGUAUCAAUAGUUGCAAUAGCUGCUGUUUGUGUUUGUACAGCUUUGCUCUUCAAAAGCUCACCUGAGGUACUCUAUUCAUUCCGGCCAUUCAGGUGGGAACUAUUGGACUAUGGAUCUCAGUAGAAGUAAAUAUCAUAUGUAGAGAGUUGUGUAUGAUGAAUCAUAAACUAAUGUACAUGUUGAUUUAGGGAUAUCGAUGUUGCCAAUGGUCUGGUCGCACACAAA